CGAGGGGGAAGCCGAUGUUACGCCGCGCCAGACGUGCCUCUCUUUCUCUUCCUCAUCUCUCUGGUUAGCUUGGGAAGAGAACCCGCCUCUUGACCCAUAAGGCCCUGAGCCGGAAACUUCACUCUCUCUUCCUGUCUUUCAUGAUGGCGCAGGAUCAAGGUGAAAAGGAGAACCCCAUGCGGGAGCUUCGCAUCCGCAAGCUCUGCCUCAACAUCUGUGUGGGGGAGAGUGGAGACAGACUGACCCGGGCAGCCAAGGUCCUGGAGCAGCUCACAGGCCAGACCCCUGUGUUCUCCAAAGCUAGAUACACCGUCAGAUCCUUUGGCAUCAGGAGAAAUGAAAAGAUUGCCGUCCACUGCACAGUCCGUGGGGCCAAGGCAGAAGAAAUCUUGGAGAAAGGUUUAAAGGUGCGAGAGUACGAGUUACGAAAAAAUAACUUCUCAGAUACUGGAAACUUUGGUUUUGGGAUCCAGGAACACAUCGAUUUGGGGAUCAAAUAUGACCCAAGCAUUGGUAUCUACGGCCUGGACUUCUAUGUGGUGCUGGGUAGGCCAGGUUUCAGCAUCGCAGACAAGAAACGCAGGACAGGCUGCAUUGGGGCCAAACACAGAAUCAGCAAAGAGGAGGCCAUGCGCUGGUUCCAGCAGAAGUAUGAUGGGAUCAUCCUUCCUGGCAAAUAAAUUCCCGUUUCUAUCCAAAAGGCCAAUAAAAUAUUUUCAGUGAAAUGUACAUUACUGUGUGUGUUCUGUGAAAGGAGCCUGGCCAUAUUCAAGUCCUUGGACCUCAAGCCACUUAAAGCUUCGAUGGGAAUAGCUGGUAACAACCCUGUCUUCCUCUGGUUGGAGGCCAGUGUUUGCUGGCAGAUCCAAGCCUGAGCUUCGCAGCGAUGCCUGUACUCACCACACCGUUGUCGAUAGGCUGUGGUGCAGGAAUCAUGUGGAAACUGAUUUUAGUGGGGAAGGUAUGAUUCGGGUUGGGAGUUGAAUUUAGAGCCUUGAUUAAAGGUGGGGUGCAGUGCUCCCAUGUUGCAGGAGGCUCCCCUUUAUUCAGUGACUGUUCUUCACUAGUGAUUUCUACCAGCACUAAUGUCUGGUGAAUGGAUCACAGGCUUUGGUGUGAUGCUUGGGAUUAAAUUUUGGUUUAACUGUUCAGACUCCAUUUCCCUAUAAAAAUGAGAAUCUAUGAGGCUGUUGAAUAGCAGUGUUUAGAGGAAAGGGUGGUCUUUGAGGCAAAUUGCCAUUUCUCUAACUGUUAAGACACAGUACUUGGCUAUUGGUUUAUAGUUUUCAGACUUGGGUUUAAAUUUUUAGUGCAUGUUAAUUCAGUUUAGUAACUAAUUAGCAAGUUAGUAUCUGCCUCAGUUUCCUCUUCUGUAUCAUAGAGGCAGUAAUAAUAGUAAUACCUCUCAGAGGUUUGAAUCAGUUGAUACUGUAGAAUGCUUAGACUUGUACCCGCACAUGGUGUUCGAAAAAGGUUAAUUCUGUGUGUUGGUGUAUGAGAAAUGUGACUUAGCGGUUUUCUUCCCUCUGGUAUGAAAGUGGAACUUUCUUGCCUGUGCAUUUCCAGGUCACUGAAGCAGUGAUGUUCAGAAGCCACCAUUUCUCUGACCAUUAGACACAAUACUUGGCCAGCAGUUCAUAAUUUUCAGUCUUGGGUUAAAGUUUUGAGCACAUGUUAAUAGCUUAUUCAUUUGUGACUGAGGAGUUCACUUGUCUUUAGGCCACCUUUUCAUUGCUGUUAAUGGUCCUCUAAUUUGUUAGCUGCCUUUGUAGAUCUUUUAAAACCCAGAGAUUAUUUGGUGUGUCUAAUUUUUUACGUAAAUGUGAUUUAUUUUGUCUUCCUGAUAAUGAAGUCUUACCAGUUAGAUCAGAUCCAAUUGGUUAAAGGGGGAAAUCAUGGAAUGUGUUACCAAAUACUUUUUAUUUCACUUAAAACAUCAAUGUGCAUUCACUUCUCAGACUUUUACUAUAGGGCCAGGGCUGCUGCCUUGUAAAUAGAGUGAAAGUUUGUGACUGAAUUUUGAUGCUUGUGAAUCGUCUUCACCUUUACAGGGGUAACCUCACUUGUUUUAACUUCUGUAAUUACAGUAACAAUUAACAACUGGAAUAAACGUCUUUGAGAAAAAA